AAAGACAUUCUUUUCUCUAUGCACAAAGUUGUGAACAUUGGUACGCAUUGGUUUAGCAUCCAGAAUUUUUAUUUUGAAUUAUUGAAAACAUUCCUGAGGUGAUCAAUAUUUAGUGGUGAUUCGAUAUUGCUACUUUCUAGUGUUUUCCGUAGAAAUUUUAGUGUUUUCGGCAGCUGUGCGGUAGUGUGGGCAAGUUGAACUAAUUCUUCGGAUAUAAUAAAUAUUAUCAGAACUUGAAAAACAUAAAAUUAUCUUGGUGUGUAAUUGCCCUUCUCUGAAAUGGCAGAAAUAGUGCAGAAAAAUACAGAAUUGAUGAUAAGAGAAUUGGAAGAUCUUCGCCAAACAAGAUUAUUGUCGGAUGAGACAAUUCGUCGUAUUGUGAUCGUAAGACGACACAUGGAAUCCAAAAUAAAUAAUGUUUCAAAGAAUAUAGAUGAUUACAGGAGCUACAUCUCCCAUGAAAGUCUUAUAUUGAGCAAAGUCCGUAAAUGUCGUGACAAGAAGAAAAUAUCAGAGAAGAAAAGUUCAGUAGAUUACAGUAUUAUUCGAAGAAUCAGAAGAUUAUACGAAACUGCUUUACAAAGAUUUCCUGGCGAUUAUCUCCUCCAUGAAGGUUUCUUCAAGUUUUGCAAAGAAAAUAAGUUCACACCUACAGCUUCUCAAAUUAUUGAUAACAUGAUCAAAAUGUUUUCGUAUAAGCCAGAAGUAUGGAAAAUGGCAGCAGGAUGGUAUCGUCAUUUGAACAACAAUGAUAAGGCUCUUCAGAUACUUCAUAAAGGUUUAACUAUGAAUCCUGAGAGUACCAUCUUAUAUAGCACUGCAAUUGAAUUAGAAAUAAAUCAAAUUUCUAACAGUGAAUCUUCCACACCUGAAGAAAGAUUAUUUAUUGAAAAUAAAUGCUGUGAGAAGAUUAAAACAUAUGUAAAUUUGAUAUUGAAGAAUAUUCAGAAUUUGGAUUAUAUCAUUUCUACACUGGCUAUUUUAGAAGGUCAUCAUUACACAAACCCAGCACAGCAGAUAAUAUUGGAUUAUUUAUUUCAAUAUCAUUCUACAGAGGAUGUUGUCUGGCACAUGUUAGCUAAGAGGGAGAAAAAAGGUAUGCACUUUGUCUCAGACCCAAAAGAACAAGGAAGAAAUGAUAGUUUUACAAAAUCUUGCAUUAUGUAUUGUAUUGCUAAAUAUGAACAAGGCUUGAACUUAGUAGCUGAGGAAAAAAAAAAAAAAUUGUGGUUCAAUUAUUUGGAAACACUCAUUGAAAUGCAAGAAGAAAAUGUUCAAACACAAUCUAUUGAUAGGGAGGCAUUACUUAAAAAAGCUCUUCAAAAAGCUCAUUGGGAUAAAUGUUUAGAAGAACGUCAUUAUAAUGUGUGGGUGGAGUUGGUGCCUGAUGAAGAUGCCAGAAAAAUUCUUGAAGAGGCUACUAGCAUAUUUCCCCAGUCAGAAGAAUUGUUUAAAUUGCUACUUAGUUAUGCUAUCAAAACAGAUUCUGUUAAUGAUGUGAACAUUACUUUCAAACUUGGUGUAAUAGCGUUGAAAGAAAAGGCUCUUCCUUUAUGGUUGAUGCUAUUGAGAUUUCAUUUAUUAAUUUCUGAAAAUGAUAAAAUGAGGGGAAUAUUUGAGGAUGGUGUAAAACAACCCUAUGAAAUUUCUAAUAUUUUGAAACCAAAAUAUAUAGAAUGGAUUGCCUUUCAUGAAGGCAUUGCUUCUGCUAGAGCUAGAUACAGGACGCUCGCUCUAGAGAGACCAUACUGCAAAGAAUUGCAUUUUCUCAUGGCAAAGCUAGAAUUCUCAGAGAUGAUUGUUGACCAUGACAGUUGUCAAAAAGCUCAUGAAUUGGCUUGUGCCCAAUUUGGCAGAGAGGAUUCUGACGUUUGGAUAAACUAUAUAAAAUUUAUUCUUUUCAGGAAACCUGAUGAUUUGCAUAUUCAAAUCACUAAAAUUUACAAUGAGUCGAAAAGCAAGCUCCCUCCGCUUAUUUGGCAACAAUUCAAUGAAGUUUAUACAAAACUCUUAUCUGAAGCUUGAUGUUUUAUUGUUAAUUCUUUAAUUAGAUAACUAAUGUAUACUUUGGAUGUUCUAUUCCUAUUGUAUCUUUUAUUUUUAUUGUUGUCAUAUAUGUUAUGAAAUUGGCCAAAUAGCCGUAAAUAUAGUCAUUGUCGUUAGAUUGAAGUAUAUUUGAUGCUACAGAUUGUAACAAGUUCUAUAAAUAUAAUAAUAUUACUUUA